AUGUCGAAGCUUUUCCAGCCUUUGAAGGUAGGGUCUACGGAUGUGGGACACCGCAUAGCUAUGGCGCCGUUGACGCGGUACCGUAUGAACGAUGACUAUACGGCGAAUGCUAUGAGCAAAGCAAUCGGCUGCCGCAACGCCCCCGGCAUCUGGUCCCCUUCCCAAAUUGCCGCCUGGAAGCCCAUAACCAGCUCUAUCCAUGCCCGCGGCUGCUACAUCUACUGCCAACUCUGGCACCAAGGCCGAGCUGCCAACCCCAGCGUACUAGCCGAAGAUGGCAUUACCAUGGUCUCCUCCUCCGCCGUCCCAAUGACCCCCUCAGACGCAACCCCCACCGCUCUCAGCGAGGAGGAGAUAUGGAGCACCAUCGCCGACUACGCAUCCGCAGCGAAGAAUGCCAUAGAAGCCGGUUUCGACGGAGUAGAAAUCCACGGCGCAAACGGCUAUCUCCCAGACCAAUUCCUGCAAACAACCUGUAACCAGCGCACCGACGCCUGGGGCGGCAGUAUCGAAAACAGAUGUCGUUUCCAUCUCGAAGUCACAAAAGCGGUGAUUGCAGCCGUUGGUGCCGAUAAAGUAGCCAUGCGACUAUCCCCCUACAGUGAUUUUAACGGCAUGUUAAUGCCGGAGCCUGAACCCACAUUCUCCCACCUACUCAGCCUGCUCAAACCGCUCAACCUGGCGUUCCUGCACAUCAUUGAGGCCAGAAUUACCGGCAACGAUGAUUCUGAUUGUGGUGGCCAAAAGACGGUGCGGUGGAUGGUUGAGGAGUGGGGGAAUAGUACGCCGGUUAUGUUGGCUGGGGGGUUUAAACCAGAGACUGCGCGAAAGACGGUGGAUGAGGUUUAUGACGGGUAUGAUGUGAUGAUCGCGUUUGGAAGGUAUUUUGUUUCGAAUCCGGAUCUGGUAUUUAGAAUUCGGGAGGGCGUGGUGUUGGAGGGGUAUGAUAGGAGUGUGUUUUAUACACCGAAGACGCCAAAGGGAUAUGUGGAUUACGCGUUUUGUGAAGAGUAUUUGCAGGCGGUGGCGCAGCCGUAG